AUGCGACCAAGAGACCACGUGAAAAGAUACCAUUUAUUAUAUUUUCUCAACACGAAAGUUGUGUUUUCCUCCGAGCACUAUCAGCUCCAUUUCAUGAUGUGUGAUUUCAGGAAUGCAAUUAAAAAAUGUAGUGCCCGCAUAGAAGAUUAUUUGCGGAUAAAGUAUCAUUUUCCACAUUUAUCUGAUACAAUUGAUUUGAUAGUUGAUAACAUCAAAGAGACCAUCCAAGAAUUGAACCUUUUUCUUUGCGGCGAACGAUUAUCUAGCAAAAUAAAUGGUAUGAUGUGUAGGUUGCGUGAAGAUAGAGAAGCACUCAAUCUCCUAUUGUUUUACGAGUCUAAAAAUUUGAAAUUUGAGGAAUAAAAAAUAAACUUAUGAGGAUUAGGCCUACAUUGGGGAUACCUCAUUAUGAAAAAAAAAAACGCGCCUUGACCUUACCUCGUUCUGGGUGGUGUGGAAAAAGGUUUUAUAGUAAUAAAAAUCAAAAUCAUACAUAUUUAUAAAGCAAAACUUUAUUU